UCGCAGCUAUAUUAGUAGGAAAGCGCUGCAGAAGUUGAGGCUGGGACUUAAAGUCCAGAAACUGACAGACCCCAUAGUUAGUAUCCUCGCGGACAAUCGUACUAUGAUUGUAGAGGAUUACGUAGAUGGAGUCCAGGCGUAUUUCCGCCUAGAGAAAGAUGGGAAAGUGGAGAAGGUCCUCCACUCCCUGACUCUCCUCGUAGAGGACAGUCUCCCAUUUGACAUUGUCCUGGGAAUGGAUUGGGGAGAGGCAGCCGGGGCCACGCUCCAUUUGAAGGAGCACGAGUGUAGGCUCCCUAGUUCUUCAGGCGAGGCUAAGACUGCCCGCCUGUUCCAUGUGUCAGGAGUAAAGAAUCCCUUGGCACAUUGCUGUCUUAGUGCUCCUGCGUUCGCCAGGUCAGUGAAGAAGGAGGGAUUGGAGGAACAUGUCUUUGUUGCCUAUGUUAGGCCAGUGACUGAGUCUACGGAAGAAAAGUCGGUGGACCCUGCGAUUGCCAAGCUGCUGGAAGAGUUCAUGGAUCGAACCGAGCCGCCGAUAGGAGUAGUACCGCGGCCCAUCCAGCACCGCAUUGAGAUAGAGCCUGACAGUAGAACUCCUAAGGGCGCUGUGUACAGGAUGUCCCUACGGGAGUUAGAGGAGCUUCGCAAGCAAUUAGACGAACUCCUCGAGAAGGGUUGGAUUAGUAAGACCCUCGAAGAGCAUCAGGGUCAUCUCAGGCAGGUCUUGGAGAAGCUGAGGGAAGCUAACUUCAAGAUCAAUGCGAAGAAGUGCAAUUGGACGACGACCCAAGUUCUGUAUCUAGGCCACGUCUUAGAUGGAGACGGCAUUAAGCCAGAGGAUAGCAAGAUCGCAGCGAUUAGAGAUUGGCCCACGCCACGUACGCUGACAGAGUUGUGCUCGUUCCUGGGCCUAGCUAACUACUAUAGAAAGUUCGUGAGGAACUUCUCCACCAUCGUUGCGCUCCUUCGCAGAUUGCUGAGAAAAGAGACAACCUGGAAGUGGGACAAGGACUGCACGUCUGCCAUGAAGAAGCUAAAGCAGGCAUUGAUAGAGUAUCCGGUCCUUAAGGUCGCCGAUCCGUCCUUGCCUUUUGUCGUUACUACGGAUGCUAGCCAGUACGGUAUAGGCGCAGUGUUACAGCAAGACGAUGGCAAUGGCUAUAGACCCGUAGAGUUCAUGUCCACCAGGAUGCCUUCAGAGAAGGUCGCGACAUCUACCUAUGAAAGGGAACUCUACGCUCUCAGGGAAGCCUUAGGCCACUGGAAGCACUACUUGCUUGGGAGGCACUUCAAAGUCUAUUAUGACCAUGAGACAUUACGAUGGUUAAAGACGCAGGCCAAGAUGACGCCUAGGCUUACUAGGUGGGCCGCAGAGAUAGAUUAGUAUGACUUUGAGCUCAAGCCUGUCAAAGGGAAGUACAACGUAGUCGUGGAUGCUCUGAGUAGGAGAGCGGAUUACUUUGGGGCAAUAGUACAUUACCUCGAUAUAGGGAAGGACCUGCAGCAGAGGGUUAGAGAAGCUUAUGCGCAGGACCCUAUCUAUAGUCAGCUCCUUAAGAAAGUCAAGGAGGCCCCAGAGACUGAACCGAAUUACCGCACUACCGAAGGGUUGCUUUUUGAGAAGACUAAUGUGUCUGACCGCCUGUGCAUCCCCAAUAG